AUGGAGGGUGAGAGCGAAGAACUCAGCAUGGAGGAGCUCGCUUCCAAUCUCUCUACAUACAGAGAACAGCUUGAUAGCGUUCGGCAACUUUUGGCUGAUGAUCCUGACAAUGCUGAAUAUGCAGACAUGGAGAAGGAACUUGGCGAGGUCAUUGCUUUAACCGAAGAACUCCUUGAAACUGCAAAGCAGAGUGAGGUCGUUGGAUCAGACAUUGGUGCUGGAAGUAGUGUGUCUCCGACAUUUGGUCAAUCUAAGGAAUUAGCAGACAGCUCUGAUCAAAUCGGGAAAUUUCCUUUGGGCUCUAGAGUUCAGGCUGUGUGGAGUGAGGAUGGAGAAUGGUAUGAUGCGACAGUUGAGGCAAUCACCCCGAACGGCUACUAUGUCGCCUAUGAUGAAUGGGGAAAUAAGGAAGAGGUGGAUCCUGACAAUGUUAGACCAGUUGAAACCAAUGCUCUGGUUGAGGCUGAAAGACUAGCGGAAGCUACAAAACAGGCCAUCAAAAGGAAGAUUGCACAGGCUGCUUCAUCUGAUUAUCAGUCACGCACUUUACCAGCAAAGCUUCGGAUACAACCUGAGGAUCCAGAGGAUGUGAAAGUGACAAAGCGGAAGAAGAUACAUGCAUUCAAGUCCAAGGUGAGGGUCGAGCAACUUGAAGUUGCACAGAAUAAACGCCAAAAUGCAUGGCAGCAGUUCCAGACUACUAAAGGGAAGACUAAGAAGAUUGGUUUCUUCUCGGGCAGGAAACGAGAAAGCAUAUUCAAGUCUCCAGAUGAUCCACAGGGUAAGGUUGGUGUGACCGGGAGUGGGAAAGGUUUGACAGAUUUCCAGAGGAGGGAGAAGCAUUUACAUCUCAAGGGUGGAUCUGCAGAAACCGACGAAUAG